ACGCCUCCCAUAUAAAAAAGCAUGCACAAGGUGCAUUCAUCAAUUUUGGUUCAGCUUCCACCCAAGAUUACUACAACUCAACAACCAAUAAGUUCUCCUGACGCUUCAGCAAUCAAACUCUCCGGGCCGCUCAACGCACCGGAAAUUAAAGUUUCGGUCCGAUGAGGGAGAUCAACAUGCGACGAUACCUCCUCCUCGUUAUCCUCUGGAUAUGCGAAGCUACAACAUCCAGUCCUUGCAUACAUCGAGAUUUCGGAAAUGGUGGAACAGUCUGCGUCUGCAAUGCAACUUACUGCGAUACGAACCCGGAAGUUGCAGUUCCGGAGAUCGGCAAAUUUGUACAAUACACUUCUAGCAAAGAUGGUUUGAGACUAAGCGUUACGCAAGGUGCUUUUACCGAUAAAUCGGACAAGGCUGACCAAAUUAUUGAAGUUAAUCCCCAAACAACUUAUCAAAGUAUAUAUGGAUUCGGAGGAGCAUUCACGGAUGCUGCGGGUAUUAAUAUUAAGACCCUCAGUCCAGGUGCACAGGAAAAUCUGUUGAGAUCAUAUUUCACUAAAGAAGGUAGCAACUAUAAUCUGGGGCGACUACCGAUAGGCGGUUGUGAUUUUUCUACCAGGAAGUACACUUACGACGACGUUGCAAAUGAUCUACGGCUUGAACACUUCAAUCUCGCCGAAGAAGACCUUGUCUACAAAAUUCCUUUCAUGCAAAAAGCUCUGAAAAUGAAUCCUGAACUCAACUUUUUAGCAGCUGCUUGGAGCGCUCCGCCAUGGAUGAAGACAAACAACGAUUACACCGGAUUUGGUUUCCUUCGAAAGGAGUUUUAUCAGCUGUACGCAGACUAUCACAUGAAAUUCUUAGACGUGUACAAAAGCUACGGACUUGAGAUGUGGGCAAUUUCCACGGGGAAUGAACCGUCCAAUGGUAUAAUACCACUAAAUGGUUUCAAUAGUUUGGGAUGGACUCCAAACCAAAUGGGCAAAUGGAUAGCUGAAAAUCUAGGGCCAACCCUACGCAACACGGAACAUAACAAAACUAAGAUUCUUGCACUGGACGAUCAAAGAUUCAGUUUGCCCUGGUAUGUGAACCUGGUGUUCGCGAAUAAGGUAGCAAAAGAUUAUACCGAUGGAAUCGCCAUACAUUGGUAUUGGGACAGUCUUCCCGCAUGGGUCGUAGACAGAAUGCAUAUCGAUCAUCCUGAGAAAUUCAUCAUCAUGACCGAAGCGUCGGUUGGCGACAAGCCUUGGAAUUUUAAGAAGGUCGUGUUGGGAUCCUGGAAACGGGGGGAACAGUACAUUGAGGACAUAAUAGAAAACCUGGAGCACUGGGUGACGGGAUGGGUAGACUGGAAUCUGGCCCUGGACGAAAAGGGAGGCCCUAACUGGAAGAAGAACUUCGUGGAUUCUGCAAUCAUCAUUAAGGCUGAUAAUGAUGAAUUUUACAAACAACCGAUGUACUACGCGAUCGCACACUUCAGCAAAUUUAUACCGCGGAAUUCAUUGAGGAUAGACACCACUAAAAGCUCGAAGUACAUCAAAACUGUGGGCUUUAGGACACCGGACAAUAAUUCGGUCUUAGUGCUGUACAAUACGCGCAGCAAAAAACGUAGUGUAAGCAUUAGGGAUCCAGAAAGAGGAAACAUUUACCUAAGUUUGCCGCCGAAAUCGAUUCACACUAUUGUUUAUAAAUAGUUACGAUCUGUGUGAUUGCGAAGUAUUGAAAUAAAAAUCAAUGAAUCGUU